AUGGCAUCUACAGACGCGAUAGAGCUGCCGCCGGCUGCAAUCCGACAGUCCAACUUCGAGCAAGCCGUCGCAUGCGCUCUGCACCUAUGGCCGGCCCUGACCCUCUCGGUACAGAAUAACUGGGGAGGACCCGACUCUGCAGACAAACGGGAUUGGUUUGCUGGUGCCAUCGUCGACCUCUUUUCUGAGUUUACCGAUGUGCAGCCCGGAGAGACCGCCAAGGCCACCAAUGCCGCUGACGAACCGGAUAUGGAAGACGUCGAGACAGUGCUGCUGCAAGUGAUGAUCGACGAGUUCGAGGUCAACAUCGACGAUGAUUCUGGUCUGGAAGUUGCUAGAUCCAUUGUCAAAGCGAGAUCACAGUGCGCCAUCGGCGACUUCAGCGACGAGGUCAAGACUCUGAACGAGCGAUUCGCGAAUCGGACGGCCAACAAGGUGGACCAAAUGUUUAAGAAAGCCGAGGAUCAGGACCAAGAUACAGACUGGGAAUCUGGAGACAGCGACGAGGACGAUGGAGACAACGGAGGCGAUGUGGAUAUGGACGAGGCACCACCACUGGUAUCUGUCCCUAAGGAGAAGCCUGCCCCAGAAGUCGACGAGGAUGGCUUCACCAUGGUCACCAAGAAGAAGAGGUAA